CGUCGCUCUCCCCCGCAUCCCAUCGCGACCCAACCCGGCGCCCGCCCCGGAUACGGUGCGCGUCUCCACUGAUCCGCACGAUCGCGCGCUCGCCCGCGCCCCGGCCCCGGCGGCCGGCCGGGUGAGCAGUAGCUGGAGCUGCGUCUGCGUGCAUGGAUCCCUCGGGGCCAGCCGGGCCGUCCUCGGCGGCGGGGAGCGGCGACGACGCGCUCGCGCCGCCGCAGCAUCAGGUCCAGCCGCUGGCUCAGGCGCAGCCGCAGCCGCAGCAGGCCGCUCCGCCUCCGCAGCUCAGCAGGUACGAAUCGCAGAAGCGGCGGGACUGGAACACGUUCCUGCAGUACCUGCGGAACCACCGGCCGCCGCUCACGCUGGCGCGGUGCAGCGGCGCGCACGUCAUCGAGUUCCUCAAGUACCUGGACCAGUUCGGCAAGACCAAGGUGCACGCCGCCGGGUGCGCCUACUUCGGCCAGCCUAACCCGCCGGCGCCCUGCCCGUGCCCGCUGCGCCAGGCCUGGGGGUCCCUCGACGCGCUCAUCGGCCGCCUGCGCGCCGCGUACGAGGAGAGCGGCCACGCGCCGGAGUCCAACCCCUUCGCGGCGCGCGCCGUGCGGAUCUACCUCCGCGACGUCCGCGACGCGCACGCCAAGGCGCGGGGCAUACCCUACGAGAAGAAGAGCCGCAAGCGCAAGCAGCCGCCGGCGGCGGCCACAGGAGAAGCGUCGUCGUCUUCGUCCUCGGCCGCGGCAGCGCGGGAGGCCGCUGCCGCCGCGAGCGCCGGGGACGGGUCCAGCAGUGGCAGCGUGGCGGCGAAAGCUGCACCGACCACCGGCGGCGGCCAGGGAAGCGCCACUACUACAGCCGCUCCUGCACCGACCAGCACGUCCCGAGUACAGUAGAACCAACUUUUGAAAAUCAUGUCUAUCUGCUAGCUUCUGCACGUCUCGCGCUAUAUAACGUCGAGCUUCAAUUUGCAACAUUCGAGCUAGUAUAUUAUUUCUUCUGCCAUUUGGUUUCGGCAUCGUUCUUGCUCUUUACAAACCGCCUCGAUCUCUCUCUCUCUCUCUCUCUCCUCUUGCAUCUUUUGUUUUUCCUUUUUGUUUGCUGAAUUAGCCAGCUACUAGGUCAGUCAGUAAUAAUAAUAUACUACAUGGCAAUUGGCAAAAAAAUUGUAGUAUCCAGGAUGGGAGGAAGUGAGUUAAUCAAUAGGUCUUAUUGUACACUGCUUGUUGCUUGCCCAUGGGCCAUGGUGAGAUAAAAAAAGAGCAAGACUUAUUCGAGGCU